GACUAUGGUACAAUUUGUCGCCACGUAAAAACGUGCCUUAAAUAGUAAAUAGAAUCAAUGACAACAGAAGAAAAAAAAUAUAACCUAUCAUAUAAAUAUGUUUAUUUAACCGUAAACAAAUAUAAAUUAUUAAUUCAUUAUGAAAAUAAAUAAAAUUGUUUGUCAUGUACAAUAUGCCAAGAAAAAUCAUAACUUUUUCCGAACAUGUGUGUCGAUGUUUAACAGUAAAUACUGGCACAUUCGUAGUAAAUAUUACUCAACCACGUCAGAAGCAACUCAGGAACGCAAUACAUUAGUAGAAAACAUUCGUAAUUUUAGUAUUAUAGCUCAUGUUGAUCAUGGAAAGAGUACCUUAGCUGACAGAUUCUUAGAACUAACAGGUGCAGUGAAAACAAACUCUGGGAAACAAAUAUUAGAUAAUCUGCAAGUCGAAAAAGACAGAGGGAUAACAGUUAAAGCUCAAACAGCUUCUCUGAACUAUACUUACAAAGGGACCAAGUAUCUUCUUAAUUUGAUAGACACACCAGGUCAUGUAGACUUUUCCGCAGAAGUCCAUCGUUCUCUGGCUCCCUGUCAAGGUGUAGUAUUAGUGAUCGAUGCGAAUGAUGGCGUCCAAGCUCAAACAGUGGCCAACUUUUACUUGGCUAUUAAGCAAAACUUGGUCAUAAUACCAGUAAUAAACAAAAUAGAUUUGAAAACUGCCAAGCCAGAUAGAGUGAUAAGUCAGUUAAAAACAUUGUUUGAUAUAAAGGAAACAGACGUAUUGAAAAUAUCUGCAAAACUGGGAACCGGAGUAGUUAAAGUCCUGGACGCAGUCAUAGAGAAAAUUCCACCACCAGAUGUCUUCAGAGACAAACCAUUAAGGGCUCUAACAUUCGACAGUUGGUACGACAAGUACAGAGGAGCCAUUUCGUUGGUCUACAUCAAAGAAGGGUCUUUGUCAAUUGGAGACCACAUUGUUUCAAUGCUCACUAAAAAAUCUUAUGAAGUUAAAACUCUGUCGCUGUUGAGACCUAGCGAAGAAAUUGUAAAUAAGUUAUUCGCAGGUCAAAUAGGAUGUGUUUCGUGCAAUAUGAAAUCUUCAAAGGAAGCACUGAUAGGCGAUACAUUGCAUUUGCAGAAGUGCAGCGUAGAACCUUUACUGAGAAUCAAGUCACCUAAGCCGAUGGUCUUCUCAGGAGUUUAUCCACUGGAUCAGUCGCAAUUCGGCACAAUGAGAACCGCAAUUGAAAAGUUGACAUUGAACGACAGUGGAGUUUCCAUUGCAUCGGAUUCUAGUGUAGCUCUUGGACAAGGCUGGCGAGUAGGAUUUCUCGGUUUAUUGCACAUGGAAGUCUUCAUGCAGCGUUUGGAACAAGAGUAUAAUGCGCAACCAAUUGUAACAAUACCAAAUGUCACGUACAAAGCGACUAUUGUAGGUAACAAGAAUAUUAAAAAACUUGGUAGCGAUACGAUGGUGUUCAACAAUCCUGCAGACUUUCCCAACUUACAAAUUGUGUCGCAGUUUUACGAACCCAUAGUGCUAGGAACUAUCAUAACGCCAGUUGAAUACAUAGGGGUGAUACUAAGUUUGUGCAUGGAGAAGCGAGGAACGGAAGAAACGAGAAAAGAUAUUGGUAACAAUAGAGUAAUGUUGCAGUUUUUAUUACCAUUAAAUGAAAUCAUUGUAGACUUUCACGAUUCAUUAAAAUGCAUUACUUCCGGAUACGCUAGUUUCGAUUACGAAGAAUAUGACUACAAACCAACGAACAUAGUGAAGUUAAAUAUCGUUUUAAACGGUAUUCCGGUGGAAGAAUUGAGCAGUAUUGUUCACAUAAGCAAGAGUUAUGCAAUAGCCAAACAACAGUGCGAAAAGUUGGUGGAAGUUAUACCGCGUCAAAUGUUUGAAAUCGCGAUUCAAGCUGUGGUAAACGGAAAGGUUAUCGUGAGAGAAACUUUGAGGGCGUUUAGAAAAGACGUAACAGCCAAACUGUAUGGAGGAGACGUCUCAAGAAAAAAGAAACUAUUGGCGCAGCAGGCGCAAGGAAAAAAACAAAUGAAAAUGGUUGGGAAAAUUUCUCUACCUCGAGACACAUUCAUAAAAGUUCUAAAAAGAUAAUAGAAAUUUUACGAACGC